UAUACUAUUGGGACUGAGGCGCGUGUGGUGAAGUGUUGGUGUUGGAGAGGAGAGUAGACUGAGACGGUAGCAUCCAGAUGAAAACCAUUUAUUGCUCAACUAGUAGCACCAUCCUCAACCAGCUUUUCUAAAUACUCCGGAAACACCCAUCUGAGCCAUCCUUUCAUCUUCGAACCGAAACUUCUUACAUUCUCAGUCAUGGACUCAGGCGCGAGACGAUUGACCAGGAGCACCUAUAUCGGUGAGCUCAUCCCAACCAACGGAACCACUAACGAUCGCAAACGGAGGAGCAGUAGCACCGAUUCUGAGAACGGUUGGAUACCACCCCCACCCCUCCUACCAUUAACUACCAAGUUCUUGAUCACCAAUCCACAAACACCCUCUCAGAUAUCACUACCACCCUCCCCAUCAACCUCAAAUGACCCGAUCUCUACCCAGAUUGCUAUCGCCCAUCUCAAAUGCCAACCCUCAAAUAGCACUUCCAGUCACCUGGAUCGAGCAGAAACCGCUACCAUCACCACCACCCCAAACCCAUCUGAAAGUUUCAGGAUAUUAUCCGACCAGGAGCUCGUCAUCCCACCUUCCUCCAUAGACCAACAAGAUCAUGGCAGCUGUUCAGAAUUCAUUUCCUCAGAGACCAAGUUCUUUACUCAACGACAUCGACAAUCUGAGAUGAUCGAAAAACGUUCAAAGAAACUCGAGAAGGAGAAACUGCUUCAUGAGAGGUUCAAACUGAAAAAUCGCUUGGACCUAUUGAUGAACGGAUCAGGUCCGGAUUGGAAGUCAAUCAGAACAUUGACUCUACGAAGGAUUAAGGAAGACGAAUUAAGACAACGAUCCGCUGGGAAUCUGACUGAUCAUCUCCCUCGUGAGACCGAAUUGGAGAAAGUAGAACGAAUGAGGCGGAUCAUGAUUCAGGAAACUGAAGAAACACUCAAGAGGUACGACAAACUACUCGAUACACGAAAAAUCUCAAAACCUGUACCUGUGAGUGAAGUCAAACCUUCAACACCCUCGAAACCGCAAAUCAAGUCUACCAAAUCUCGAGCAAGUCCCAAAGCUUCCAAACGGAAGUCAACCCAUCACACCUGUUCAGAUCAAGAACAUCAUCAAAACGGUAAACUCGCGGUUCAACCACCAAUCCCAAAGUUGAAGAGCGUCCCAGGUUCCGCCGUUCAAAAGCCGCGUCAACCCAGCCGCUCGAUCAUCAAAACCUCUGACCUCCAACAUUCGAACGGCCCACAAUCGACCUCAUCUUCAAGUCCGGUCACUCUCCCCCAAUCACCUCAUAUUCGACAUUCUCAAUAUAUCAAGACCGAGGAGCCAACACCACAACCGCCACCGCCACCGCCAUUGCGAGACUCGCUAUACGAUUCAGUGUCGAUCAGAAGAUUGGCGAUGGAUGAUCAUUUCGUCAACGGGCAAAAGAGAGUGGGCCGAUCGACCUAUGCACUCGGGUGUAAGCUACCAGAUAUGAGCAAGAUCCAACUCGACUAUCUAUCAAGAUUGCAAGCGAUGGCAUCUGAGAGACAUGCCUCAUCCUACUCGACUCCAUUCGAUAGACCCGAGAGAGUGCUUCCGACCCAGCAAGACUCGAGCUCGAAGAUCAAAAACGAAAUCGAAGCUACUGGUGAGGAUGUGGAUGAUGUUGAUGAUGAUGGUGAGCGCUGGAUCGAAUUCAAUCCGACGGUCAAUGAAGAAAAGGAGAUCAUCUGCCACCAAUCAGAGUUUGGAUCAGGAUCAAAAUUCUUCGAGUUGGAUGACGAAUUAGAAUAUCUCGAAGAACAAAAGUGGACUGAAUUUCAAAUGAAGCAGUUGGGCCAAGCAAAUCUGGAAUCUCUUUCUGAAAGCUCUCUUCGACAGAUGAUCAAUGGCGGGAAGUCAAUUCGUAAAUUGAUUGAAGAACGGAUCUCAAGUUGGAAAGAAUAAAGUUCCCUUCUGAUUGCUCUCUGUUAAUUUAUCAAAAACACAUAACUUAUACACAGUAGGGAAAUCGUGGCUGUGUCCCGGGAACUAUAUAAAUAUGUCUGUACUAAGGAGAUGUAACUUUUUUUUUUUUGACACGGAGCACUAUUAAUGGCAGGUG